UGAGACAAAAAAACCAAAGUAUUUGUGUCAUUUAGUAAAUAUAUUUGAUUUUAUUAAUCAAUACUUACUCAAAAAAAUCGAUUAUAUAAUUUGACAUUAAUUAUGUUAAAGACUCAAGUGUGUAUUACAAUUAAUUUAAAAAAGGAAGGUUAAGUUUUGUAAAUAAUAUAAACAAAGUGAUAAAAAAAAUGUCAUCUUCAACAAGACGAACAUCGACUGGAUCAUUGUCGUUACCUGUUCAAGAACCACGUCGGAGGACAAGAUCAUGGGGCGCAAGACAUCCAAGGAAUUCUGUCGUAUCUAUGACACACACACCUAGGUUAUCAGUUUUUGAAACAUUGAAUUCUACGGAAGAACCUACUAGUCAGUUGAGAUUGCGAGUUAUAGCCGGACAUCAUUUAGCCAAAAAGGAUAUAUUCGGUGCAAGUGAUCCGUAUGUGCGAGUGGAUUUAAACACCAUUAAUGGAGAUGAAACGAUAGAUUCUGUUUUAACCAAAACAAAAAAGAAGACCUUAAAUCCUGUAUGGAACGAAGAAUUUAUAUUUCGGGUGAAACCAGCAGAGCAUAAAUUAGUUUUACAAGUAUUUGAUGAAAAUCGGCUUACUCGUGAUGAUUUUUUGGGUGUGGUUGAAUUUACAUUAAUAAAUUUACCUAAAGAGCAAGAAGGACGAGUUAUACCACCAAAGCAAUAUGUUUUACGGCCUCGAAGCAGUGCCAGGUCACGAGUUAAAGGCCAUUUGGAAGUUUAUCAUGCAUACAUACGUGAAGACAUCCCUGAAACUGUUGAAGAAGAAACAUCAAGAAAUUCAACAGAUCCUGAUUGGGAGAUUAUUGAACCUCAAAUGAUAUCAACUGAAGCACCAGCAAAUGCAGUGUUCGUGUCAAACAAUUCAACGGAAAAUGCUGGACCUCUACCACCUGGUUGGGAAGAAAGGCAAGAUGCUAAUGGUAGAACAUAUUAUGUAAAUCAUGUUGCAAGAAGUACGCAAUGGGAAAGGCCGUCAUUAGGCCCUCAAAUUGGGCAAACUGUAGAUCAACGUAAUAUCGAGGCAGCUGCAACUGAAUUUCAACGAAGAUUUCAUAUCAGUGAUGAGGAUGGUCGCGAUGACCAUCCUAGAGGUGAUUCUUCAUCAGGAAACGUUAGUCAGUCAAGUGAUAAUAGUAAACAUUCGGGUAAGGAAAAUGUAUCUUGUAAUUCAUCAUCAAAUAAUACAAGUGCAGCUAAUUCACCACUACAUCAUCAAACAGAAACACCUAUUAAUGAUGAUCACGAUCACGAUGAUGUUGAGUUAGAGAGUGAAGAUGAUGAUGAUGUGACGGAAGAUAGUAGAUCAUCAUCAUCUCCUGUUGAUAUACCUCCUGUGAAUGGCGAUCAAGGAGGACGAAUACUCUGUAGUCCUACAGAGUAUAUACUUGGCUCACCAAUUAGUAGCACGACAAGCAACUCACAAUAUGAAGAUGAUGAUAUUGAUGAUAAUGAGGAUCGUAGUGAUACUGAGGAUGAUGAUACCGAUAAUGUUGAUGACGGUGACGAUGACGAUGAUAAUGAUGAUGAUUAUUUAGUUGUAGAGAAUAAUGCAAGAGAGAAUGAAGAUAGUGUUGAUAAUCCAACAACAGAGAGUAGAAGAACAUCUGCAACUGUAUUAGAUAACAACACAACAUUAAAUAAUACGAUAAAUCAACAAUCGUCUGAGGGUUUACCGCCAGGAUGGACCAUGCAAUUAGCACCAAACGGUAGAAUGUUCUUUAUUGAUCAUAAUGUUAAAUCAACUACCUGGGUAGAUCCACGUACUGGGCGUGCAUCACCAAUGCCUAAUCAAGUUGUAACCCCACAACCUGGCAGGCGACCUGACGAUGAGCUAGGACCAUUACCUGAAGGUUGGGAAGAACGACAACAUACAGAUGGAAGGAUUUUUUUCAUUGAUCACAAUACUAGAACAACACAAUGGGAGGAUCCAAGGAUGUCAAAUCCACAAAUAGCCGGGCCAGCAGUUCCAUAUUCACGAGACUAUAAACGGAAAUAUGAAUAUUUAAAAACACAGCUAAGAAAACCAAGUAAUGUACCAAAUAAAUUUGAAAUAAAAGUACGACGUGCCUCAAUUUUAGAAGAUUCAUAUCGAAUUAUUACAUCAGUUUCAAAAAUAGAUUUAUUAAAAACAAAAUUAUGGAUAGAAUUUGAAUCGGAAGUUGGUCUCGAUUAUGGUGGUUUAGCUAGAGAAUGGUUUUUUUUAUUGUCUAAAGAAAUGUUUAACCCAUAUUAUGGUCUUUUUGAAUAUUCAGCAAUGGAUAAUUAUACAUUACAAAUCAAUCCGUUUUCCGGAUUAUGUAAUGAAGAACAUUUAAAUUAUUUUAAAUUUAUUGGACGAAUUGCUGGAAUGGCGGUGUAUCAUGGAAAACUUUUAGAUGCAUUCUUCAUUAGGCCAUUUUAUAAAAUGAUGUUAGGCAAAACAAUUGAUUUAAAAGACAUGGAAUCAGUUGAUAGUGAAUAUUAUAACUCAUUAUUAUGGAUUAAAGAAAAUGAUCCAUCUGAAUUGGAACUAACAUUUUGUGUUGAUGAAGAUAGUUUUGGUCAAACUUCACAAAGAGAAUUAAAACCAAACGGUGCAAAUAUACCACUAGAUAAUUUAAAUAAAGAUGAAUAUAUUAGUCUUGUUAUUCAAUGGCGAUUUGUAUCACGAGUACAAGAACAAAUGAACGCAUUUUUAGAAGGAUUUAAUGCAUUGGUUCCAUUAACAUUAAUUAAAAUAUUUGAUGAACAUGAAUUAGAAUUAUUAAUGUGUGGUAUACAGAAUAUUGAUGUGAAAGACUGGAAACAAAACACUUUGUACAAAGGAGAUUAUCAUGCGAAUCAUAUUACCGUUCAAUGGUUUUGGAGAGUGGUGCUAUCAUUUUCAAACGAAAUGCGGGCGAGAUUACUACAAUUUGUCACUGGUACAUCUCGUGUUCCAAUGAAUGGUUUUAAAGAAUUAUAUGGCAGCAAUGGACCACAAUUAUUUACAAUUGAAAGAUGGGGUACUCCUGAUAACUAUCCUAGAGCUCAUACAUGCUUUAAUCGAAUUGAUCUACCGCCAUACGAGAGCUACCAACAAUUAAGAGAUAAAUUAAUAAAGGCAAUUGAAGGUUCACAAGGUUUUGCUGGUGUUGAUUGAUUUGAUCAUCAUAAUAUUAUGAUCAAAUUGAUAACACAUAUAAUAUUAUUUUAUAUUCACAACGACUUAUCAAAUAAUAUGUUAUAUAAUAAUACUUCAAUGAACUUAAUUAUUUUUAAUGUGAUAUUUAAUUUUAAAGACGAACACACAUGCGUACUUAUUAAAUAUGUAAUGUAUGUAGAAAAAAUUUUUAAUUAUUUCCAAUAACAAUUACAUUUUACAUAAAAAUAUUAUGUUUAUCAUACUUUUUUUAAAUUAUUUUAAUUUUACCAAGACUUGUCAAUAGAUCGCAAGCCCAUGCUGAAAUUUUUCAAAUGAAAUGACUCACCAGAAAUCAUGUGGAAAAACAUGCUCCUAUAUGUAAAAGUAAGUUUAAGCACCAUGUGAGAAUAUGGAUGUUGCACCCCUUGGUAUUUGACCCCUGCAACAGUAAAUAUGCACGGCAUGGUGAAUACUAACUCUGCAUAGGUGUUCGAAGUGACAUAAAUGCCAUACAGAAAUAAUUCAAUUUUCGAAGCCUUACGUGUUUAUUACUGUACGGCAUUUAUAUUAUUUGCUUGGAAUACUUAUGCAGAGUUAGUAUCCUGCAACACCGUACAUAUUUGCUGGUGCAGGGGUGAGAUACCAAGGGAUGUGACAUCCAUAUUCUCACCUGUACUCCCCUGUACCACGCAAAACUGACGCUAUGUUGCUUAAACUUACUUUUGCAUAUAGGAGCAUCUUUUUCAACAUGUUUCCUUGUGGGUCAUUUCACCCAAUAAAUUUAAGCAUGGGCUUGCGGUUUUCAAAUUUUGAUUCAACGCAGAAGUUCAACGCAAUAUCGAAAUUUGUUAGAUUUGAGUCUUGGUGUUAAUAUGGUCAUCAUGUAUCUCUGAAUUUAAAUGGACUGAUAAAAACGUUCUAUUAAAAUAAAACUCCAUUUGUUUUAAGGUGUGUGUUCUGCUGGGAGUUUUAAUUUUUAGCGUAGUUAUCGAAAGUAAUAUUCGCGUGUAAAAUUCACGAAUUAUUGUUUCAAUUAUAGCCGCCCUGAUGAAUUUUUUCCACAUAGUCCUAUCAAUAUGGCCUAAUUAACCGUAUAUCUUUUACAAACGAAUUCGAAACCACAAAGAAAACAAUGAGUAUCUCUUUUACUUUUGAGCGAUUUCGAGUUUUUUGACUAUGAUUCGUUUUUGUCCUACACUUUGAUUUUGUGUAAAUUGAUAGCUUUGACAAACUCAUGGAUGUCGGUUUUCAAUUUAUUUCACCUUGUAAGAAGAAGUUGGAAAUUGUUUAGGAUUUUUUUAGUUAUUCUCAACGCUGUCGAUAUUUUCCUUGAAUGUUCUAUAGACUUGGGAUUUCUAACACUUCAAUGACAGCGAUAAUAUUACUAUUUAAUCUCAAAAUUAAUGUUGUAAUCGAUAAAUUUAAAAUUGAUCAAUUCUGAUCUGACUAAUAUUGGCAUAUUUUUUAACAUUUGCAUUCACAAGAAAAGGUUCAUUCGCAUUCGGCACAUCACUAUUGAUUACAAAUCGCAUUGACAGCGUUCUGUUUGAUACAUUUUAUUACAUAAUUUUCUCUCCAGUCCACUUUUGCUCAAGGUGCAUGAUAUUGAUAUAAUUUUAUGAACGUGUUGAAUAUAUUGCUUAAUGGUUGUGUAAAAUCUAGUACAUUCAGAGAUAAAUCGAUUGUUUUUGCAAAAGUAUUCUUCGCAAUAGUUAGUUUUACUAUUGUAUACAAAAAAAAAAAAAAAAAAAAAAACAAAACAAAACAAAAGAAACGAAGAGGACAAAAUUUAAUAAAAAAAGAAAAUAUAGGAAUGCCAGUAGUCAAAGAUUGUGAUUACGAAUGAUUUAAACAACUUUGGAUAAAGAUUUCAAGUGUAACAUGUUUGCAUUAAAUUUUCGAAACAAUAUUUGAGCUUUUUGUAUAUUUGAAAAAGACGAUUGGCCUUGUUAACUUGACUAAUAAUUGUUUUAUAAUAUGAUCUCGUAAAUAUUUUAGCAAAAAUAAAACAAAAAAUAACCCCACUCUGAAUGUAAUUUUAAGAUUAAGUACGAUGAACAUAAUUUGAGUAAAAAAAGAAAAUUUAAUAGUAAUUUUAAUAUAACUAUUUUU